UGAGAGAGGGCGAAUGAGAAAAAAACCGAUAGCCGUCCGGCAAACGACGUUGUUUUACGCUUGUCUACUGCACUAUUGCGGUGUGGUCUCUCGUUUCGUUACUCGUUAGCGAGAAUUCGUUGGAACGGUCGUUUUUAAAUUGUUCAGGAGCACUAUGAUUUUCAUAUAUUGACUUUCACGUUUCCCUCGUGUGACUUGCAAACAACAAUCGACAAGUAUUGGUACUUAAUAAGUAUUAAUUAUUUUACAAACAUGCAGUUCAUCAGGUAUACAAGAAACUUAUUUCUAAGAGGAGUUUCGGUGAUUUUCUUGCAAGCAUUCAUUGUGCUCUACGUUCAAAACUCCGGUGAGUUUUUAUACUAUACUUUCAAUUAGUUUUAUUAUUACUGUUUGACACGGAUUUUAGUUUUUGGAUUUUAUUUUUUUUUAUAUAUAUAUGUUUUCCUAUAGAAUAGGUAAAACGUGUGACAACAUGUUUUACUUGAAUAAAAUCAGCUAAAUACAAUUCUAUUUUAUGUUUUUGUUGACACAAUAUUGUAAUUAUGAUAUGUUUGUUUUGCGUGUCAAUAAUGAGACUCAAAGGUUAGAUACUAUACAAACUAUAUUGUAUACCUAAGUACUUCUAUAUUAUUUUAGAAGUUAUUAUUUUACUCAGUAAAAUAAUAAAAUAUUAUGAACUAAAUGAGAUAAUCAGGUACCUAUUGAUAAUUAAUUAUAUAAUUAUAAAUAGGUAUUAGUACUUUAUGUAAUAUUUAUAUUUAUAUUUCAAAAACUAUUAAUAUAGGUAGGUAAGUAAGUAAUUAUUGUAAUAUCAUGAAUAAUAUCAAAUUUUUAAUUUAUUGUAUUCACUUUACUGGUGGCUACUUUUAUUAUUACCUAUUAGUACCUUAAGAACAUUAUAGAAUGAAAUAUAUGUAUAAGUGUUUUAAAAUGUCAUUUCCCCAUUUAAUGGUAAUUUGUGUUUUAUAAUUAUUUAUAUAGUACUUGAGAUUAUGUUAAACCUGGCAGACACUAGGCUACCUAUUGUAAAUAAAUUCGGAGAUCGCUACUUUUUCUCUAUCAUACCAUUACAAAAUUGCGUAUUUUAAGUAUUUUAGAAAACUUUUUCAAUAGCUAACCUUAAACAAGUUUAGUUGCCCUUUUUUAAAUUCUUAUUCAAUGUAAUACCAGGCAGUUAACCUAACUCUUUAACUUUUAAAAAAAUAUUUCAAUUUUAUUUAUUCACAUUUUCAAUUGAGUACUUGAUACCAUAUUUGACCAAUACUCAGUAUCUGGGUUAUAUAUAAAGCAAUUAAGUAUACAUAAUGUAUUGUGUAUUGAGCAAAAUUUAUUUUUAUUAAUUACCUAAUAACUACUAGAUACAUACCCUAUUUUCAUUUUCUUUCCUCAAUACUCAAAUUUUGACUUCUAUUAUACAAUACCCAAGGUCUUGGCUUUCAAUGAUAUUAUUACGUUGAUUGCUGCUCGUAUGUACACAAAAUAGGUGGUUUAAUAGAUAUUAAUACCCUGUACCCAAUAUGUAUAUAGAUUAAAAUUAUUACAUGAUACCCUAUUUGUUAAUAAAUACCCUACACAGAAUAUCUUUAUCUCUCAUAUUUUAAUAAUACCUAUGUAAUUUAAUGUGUACCUAUAGGUUUAUAUGGAGAAAAUGGUGUGUUACCUGUCAAGAAUGUAUUAAUUAAUGAUAGUCCACUGUUGAGCACCAAAUUUGGAGCAAAAUGUACACUUUUAUGGUAUGCAACAAAAUUUGGUUUGAACCAUGAAUACAUGUUUGAUGUAUUGUGUUUGAUUGGAAUAUUAUUCUCAUUUCUUGGGUAAGUUUAUAUCAUAAGAGGACGACACACUGUCAUUUACUGACUUUGUCUUAUAAACCCACAGCAAUAUAUAAUUAUUUUUAAACCUUCACAUACUCAUACAUCACUUAAAAAUUUUAAAUAUUAUAAUAAUUUUAACAUUAGGACACAAAUAAUCUUUUUACCUCUAAGUUUAGUAAUAGCUCAAUUCACUUUGAUGUUAAAACUAACGUAACAAAAUUUGUCUUACUGAACGCAAAUUUACUAUGUCACAUUUAUAAGACAGUUAUGCCGGUGUGACGUCUUAAAUUAAUUUUAUUAUAUAAGAUUAUCAUAAAACGUACAAUGUAUAACAUAAUAUUUUAUUAAAAUACAAAUAAAAUAGACAUACUGAUAACAUCUUUUUAGAGAUAAAAUUAUUUAUGUUUAAAUUGUUUCAUUACAUUUUAUUAUUUAUACAAUUUUACUGUGUUGGUCUCAUACUAAGUUAUUUGAUUAAUAUGCAUGAUUGUUUGUAUAUUUUAUUAAUUUAACACCACAAAUGUAUAUUAUAUUAUGUAACUUCACUAAUUUUGAAUAGGUAGUUAAUACAAACAAAUUUAAGCAUAAUAAUCAUUCAAGAUUAAAUUUAAAAAAUAUUACUCUUAUUUAAUUAGUCUUCAAUAUUUUUUAGGUUGUUUUUUUCUGAUAAAUCCUUUGAUGCAUAAAAUUGUAUUGUAAUAAUAAAUAAUUAAAUGUACCUAUUUAUUCAUUUUUUUUAAGGUUUUUGAAACAAGGCUUUUGCAACAAAAUUGUAUUUUUCCUUCUUUGGGCUUUUUAUUUAUCAUUGUACCAUGUUGGUCAAAUAUUUGUAUCAGACUUGGCGUAAGUUACUCAAUACUUAAUAUUUACUAGAUGUAAUAAUGUUUUAUUUAAGCAAAUAUUUCUUGUUUUAGUGAUGAGUUACUGUGUGAAGUAGGAUUCUUAUGUAUAUUGAUCGCUCCGCUUCCAUUUGAAAGACCAAAAGUUAUUAAAAAACGCAAUCUACGUCUACAAACUUCACUUGAAUCUGAACCAUCAGAUUCUAUUACAUUUUGGCUCGUUAGAUGGUUGCUGUUCAGAGUAUCGUUUUCUGCUGGUAUUGCUAAAAUGACUUCUAAGUCAAACAGUUGGUACCAUUUAACUGGUAAGUUAUUUUCUGAAAUUAUAUAUUACCCAAACUUUAAUUCAAAUUAAAUUAAUUAUUGUUAUGUAAGAAAUGUAUUACACUUUUUAUUUAAUUCUAUAAACAAGUAAAAAAAAGGGCAACAUUAUUUCACAUACCUAACAAAUUUAUAUUAAAUAACCCGUAAUUAAUAUAAUUCCCUAAUUAUAUUUAAAACUUUGUUGUAUUUUAAUUACUAGCUCUGAAAUUUAUAUUAUAUUAAGUAAUUUUUUUUCUGUUUCAGCUAUGUCAGAAUAUUUUGAAACUAUGCCUCUACCAAAUGUUGUUUCCUGGUACGCACAUUAUUUUCCAGUGUGGUUUUUAAAAACUGUUACUGUUUUCGCAGAAAUUAAUGAUAUAUUUGUUCCUUUUAUGUUCUUAAUACCUAUACGAUCUGUGAGAAAAAUUGCCUUCUAUAUCCAGGUAAAAUUAUUUUUAUUUGUUAAUGAUAUUGACAUUAAUAAUACUGAAUUAUUAAUAAUAUAAUAUAAAAUAAAAAAUUGUCUAGGUAUUGAUGCAAAUUGGAAUUUUAACAUCUGGAAAUUAUAGCUACUAUAAUCUUUUAUACAUUGUUCUCUGUUUGUCGUUGUUGGAUGACUAUACAUUUUAUAGAGGUAAAACUUUAUUAUUUAGUUAUUAAUUUAUAAUUCAUGUUUUUCUUUUAAAAGUCAAAUUAUUGUUCAAUAUUAUUAUUUAUCUUCCUGUUCUAGAAUUGGCUCUAACUAGAACACGCCAAUGGAUAUCUUCUGUGUUCACCAAACUUAUGGCAUUCAAUGCAAUCACAAUUUUAAUGGCUAUUUUUCUCAUGAUGUACGAUUUCCGUUUGACACCAGACCAUACACCCGAAUACAAAUUAUGUAAAUUUAGACUAAAUUACUAGUUAUUUUUAAAAUAGUUAUUCUUGUUAACUAUUUACAAUUUAAUCUUUUUUUUUUUUUUCAGCAAUAACACCCAAAGAAUUCAAUUUUAUUUUAAAAAUUUAUUUGCCAUAUAUUGCCCAUUUUGCAUUGGGAUCUUUUAUUUUUGAAUGUUUGAAAUCCCUUUAUUCUUCCUUACCAUUAUCAAGUAAUACUUAUGGCUCUCUCGGAACUAUGAUAACAUCAACGAUGUAUAUUUGUGUUUGUUUGGGCUCGUUUUCCUUGAGCACAGUGCCUUUAUCAGCACUUCAUCCAAGUGUUAACAACACUGCUGCCAAAGAUGUUAUUUUGUUUUAUAAUACAUUAGCUCCAUUCAAAAUGAGUAACCAUUAUGUACCACAUCAAGAAUUAAUAUCCCCAGAACGCCGUAGAGAAAUUAUAAUACAAGGAGCUAAUGAUAUUAAAGGACCUUGGUAUGAAUAUCAGUUUUUAUAUAAACCUGGAAAUGUAAAUGCAACACCGCCGAUUAUUGGUUUGUAUUUUUUGUAUUUAAUAUAUUAUAUUAUCUUUUACACUAUUUUAGUUAAAAUUAUUUUGUUUUUAGCGCCAUACAAGCCAUUACUUGAUCGACAAUUGUUUUUCGCUGCUCAUACUUCGCCAAAUAAAAAUCCUUGGUUAUAUGGCCUUAUCUAUCGUUUGUUAAACAACCAAAAAGAAGUUCUUUCUCUAUUGAACACAAGCCAAAAUCCAUUUGUUAAAAAACCACCUAAGUUCAUCAAAGUUGCCUUGUACGAAUAUAAAUUUGCGUCGCCGCUACAAAGGUAUUCAUUUAACCAUACCAAAUUUUUAAUUAAAUAUAGAAACAAAUUAAUAGAAAGUACUCUCUUUAAUAAAAAUUGUUAUAUUACAAUUACAAUUUUUAAAUGAUAAUUAUAUUUAUAAUUAAAAUAAUUAUUUGAUGACAUUAAUUAUGUAACUACAUUUAGUUAUACAAUUAAAAAUAAUGUUUUAUCUUCCAUUUGUAAAUUAAAAUUGACUUUAUUAAAUAUUUGUUAUUGUUAAUAAUAUUUAUUUUUAGAAAAAGAGGAAUCUGGUGGAAUCGACAGUUAAUGAUGCCCGAUUAUCUACAAGCCAUGGAUAAAAACAGUCAAGUACUGUUGGAUACAUUAAAAACCCAUAAAAUAUUACUGAACAGGACACCGUUACCUGUGAACCCAUAUUUUAAACGUAAGUAUUAUUUUAAUAAUAUAAUAUGUAUAUUUUAUUUUAAUACUAAAAUCUGGUAAUGAUUGUGUUUCAUUUAAAGAACUGAGUUAUGGUUAUAAAAUAGUUCACAAUGACCUAUACGAUGAAAUGUAUUUAGGAAACUAAGUUGAUUUAUCUACUAUACGUGGACAUUAGCCAUAUUAACUAAGGAAAUAACUGAAAAAAAGAGCAAUAAAAGAAUUAACUAUAAAAGUGGAUGAUGAUGGUUAAAGUUUAUAAUCUGGAUAUGUAAAGAGAUAAGAGCUGGUUUAGAUUAAUCAACAUCACUUAAAUGAUGAAGAAAAAGAAAUUGAUUAAAUAUAUGUUAUAUUUAUUAUUAGUAGUACUUAAAUUUGGGGUAAAAUCAAAAAGUAUUAUUAAUUAUCAUAAAAUAUUUGAUUAAAAACUUCCCUAUAGAAAUCUUUGUCGUGAAUCUAAAUGUUGAGUUUAUUUAUUAAAAAUUGUUAACCUAUAAUAAUAAAAAGCAUCAACAAAAUAAAGCUUAAAAGGAUAACAGAAUUCCUUACUUUAGGGAUAAUAUUAAAUUUAAUUAAUAUGAAAACAAUUGGUAAAAAGUGAUAAACAUUAAUCAAUAUCUUCUUCUGGCACAAUUGGAUCUUUUAAAUUUUCUUUUGUUUUUAAUUUUGCUUAAAAAUUAUGAUAAGCUUCAUGAGGAUACAAUGAAUUGAAAUAAAGUUAGUGCUCUCUUUCUUUUUUUUUUUCAACUGUUAAUGAAUGUAAAAUUGUGAUAAUUGCCAGUAGUCAGUUUGUCAUAGUAACAAUAAUAUAUGAUUGGAUUACAGUGCCAAUAUAUGAUAUGACAAUAAAUACUAGAAAAUGAAAUGAAAAAAUGAAAACCUGAAAUUUCCAAAAUAUGAUUUAGUCCCAUUCUCACCAAGCCAUCCAAAUAAAGAUAAACAAUUCAUAAAGCAUUGCUUGGUUAAUUAAAUAAAUUUAUAAAAAACUUUAAAGUAAACUUCAUCUGUAUCUCUAAGUUCAAGCACUGAUUUAAUAUUUUUAACAAUGAAUUAUAGUAAAAACUUAAAGUAAUAUUUUGUAUUGACAGUUUUGAUAGCUGGGUUUUUUUUUUUUUUUUUUUAAAUGAAUACACAGAUACAGUUAACUUGGUAAGAGAUUUCACCUGUCUUAUCAACAAAUAUUACAACACUUCAAUCAAAAUUUACCUAAACUUAUUACUGAUAUAGAUACAAAUAAUAAAUUAAAUUUUGUUUUUAUAAAUAGGAAACUCAUAGAUAUUAAAAAUGAGUAUGUGGAUUUUCUAUAUUACACAUACAUAACUUUUGUAUCAUAAGAACAAGAGAAGUGGAUUUUCUCUUAGUAUAAUGUUAUUCCGUGAAUCGAAGAAAAUUAUAAUUUUGAUUUCUAUUGUGAAAGAUAUGCAUUAAUGUUAGAUUUAACCAUUAAAUAUCUUCUUAGUUGAUGGUCUUCAAGACCAAACUGACAAACACAUGUCAUGCCAUCUUACCCUAUCUUCCGCUAGGACUCACAAAUCAGCAUCCAGUUCAGCCUAGAUCUAUCAAUUUGUCUUACGCCUUCUGGAAAGCCACAGAGGACUUUAUAUAGAAGGGUUUUUUCUUUUUGCUAUGUGUGGCCAGCCCAAAAGAGCUGCCUCUUUCUUAUAUCAUCGACUAUGUUUAGUUUCUGAUUUAGUUCCCUAAUCUCCACUCGUGUAUUCCUGUCUAUGCUAUGGUCAAAAAUCGUCCCCAGAAUUUUCCGUUCUAAUACUAAGAUAUUAUUCUGUUGUUUCUUUUAAACGGUCCAAUAUUAGUAAAGAUAAAUAAUAGUUAUUAUCCACUCUAAAAUUGUAUAUAGUAUACACUUGGGUUAUAUAAUUAUAUUAUAAUUUAAGAUUACGCCAUUUAUUAUACUAAUAUUUAAAUAAUAUAAAAUUAUCAUUUUUUUUUUCUUAUUUUAAAUAUGUACUUCUUUUUGAAUAUAUUCUCACUCAAUUGGACAUAUAAUAUAUCAUUUUGAGCAAUUAUAAACCAUUCAUCUAUUUAUUUAUUAUAAAACUGAAUGGUGAUAACAUGGAAUAACCUGUUAUAUGGACUUAAAUGAUAUGAUGAUAAUAUUAUUAUAAUACAAUAUUAAUCUUUCAUGUCUAUAAUAGAAAAAUAAUUAGUAUCUAUUUAUAACUGACUAGAUAACCCAAACUUUUAUCGCAAUAAUUAGAUUUUAUUAGAUGAAUGAUUAAAAUUAAAAUAACAUUUAGUUGUAGAGAAAAAAAAUUAAUAUUUGUUAUUUAAUAUACCUGUUAUCAAUAAAUAAAAAAUUGUUCAUUAAAAACAAGAAAACUUAAUACAUAGAAGAAAUGUAUUAGUUUAUUAAUUUAAAGUUAAUUAACAAAUAAUAAUUUAUUUGUCUUAUUAACAUUGUAUAUGUUAUGAUUACAGAAAUAUUGGACCUAUUCAGAUCUCUUCUUCUGGCAGUCGACCCGCGGAUAUUAAUGUUUACAUUUUUAGUCGCUGGUUUCGUUUUAAUAUUGAUUCCCAGUGGAUCCAAUGCGUUAUCUAUUUAAAUGGUUAUUAUUAACUAAUAUAAUAAGUGUACGCUGCCGAAGACUUAAUUAUAAUUUUUUUUUUUUACAUUUAAUUAAAAAAAAAAAUGUAUUUGUUUCCUUUCCCGAAUGAUCUGUUCUCACAGAUUUAAAGGAUUUGUAUUAUUUUUUUUCUAUUUAUUGUAUAUAUAAUACACAUUUGUAUAACUUUUCUAUGUUUAUUUAUUAUUAUUUUCUAUAAUUUGAAUUAUUUUCAGUUAACAUCAUUAUUUGUGUAAUAUUAUAUACAAUACUAUCAUCCACCACAAUUGAAUCGCUUUUCCUAUUUUUUUUUUUUUUUUUUUUACAAUUAUAGUAUUUAAAAUUCCAAAAUCAUAUUUGUGUUUUAGUUUGUCACACACACAAUCUAAUUCCUAUAGUAUUUUUGUGUGCAUACCCAAUGGUAUUUAAUAAUAAAAAUUAGUAUAGUGUUUUUUUUUAUUAUUAUUAUCAGUUUGUAGUAUCAGAUUUAUAUCCAUCAUGUACCUAUUUCAAAUUAAUAAAUAAACUAAUUUUAUCUGUA